AUGGCGGAUUCGUCCUUCAAAGACGUUCCGGAGAUAUUCGAGGUGGAUCUUGGGGAGUCCCUGACCGCCCGUACGGAGGCUCUCUCGACUUGGCGUGAGCUAGGUCCACCAGAUCUUUGCCAUGUAAUCAAGAGUACGGGGCGCAGCGGGCAACGCGAUCUUGGCUCGUACCACUAUGUCUCUGGCGUCGACGCAUCAUCCUCUGCGUCGCUUGCUGCAUACAUCAACUCGUUGACAUAUGCCAUUGAAGACGACUCCGGGUGGUUCUCGAAGGGGUCGGCGUGGAAAGUGCGGCAUGGGUGCUAUUGCUGCUUCAACGCGUUUUCUCGCGUUGAUGUGCGCGUAGACGUUAAGAUACCCGGCGGUGUGAACGCUUACGUGGUAGACCUACGUGGAGAAAGCUCAGACGCAGCGCAAGAAAUGUGGCAGGAAACCUACCUCUCCGCUAUCCUGCGUGCCAUUCUCUAUUCUGACGACUCGGCGUAUUGGCUGGAUGCAUACCGCAAGCUCGACCCCAUUACCACACCAGAGGGCGAAUUGCGCUUCCUCCAGGCUGCAGAGGCGCUCUUCAUGAAGGGCUGGCAGGUUGGAUCUGAGCCUGAGAUCCAGGUUGCGACGGUCGUGUCCAACCACCUCACGUCGGCGAUCAUGAAGUAUUUCGGCCACAGCGGACGGUACCAACAUGCAGCGAACCUAUUCGAGAAGUUAAGUGCGCGGGAGCCGGAGGUGUCCUCCUUACUUGCGGGGAGCUACAUUGGCAUGAAUGAGGAGGUUAAGGCCGUACAGAUCAUGAGUGCGGCGAUCAAGCAGACACCACAGUCGUAUACCCUUUUGCACGCGCAAUGCGACUUUCUACGCUCGAAAGGCAACUUUGAAUGGGCGCUAAAACUCGCACGGCAGGCCGUCAACUGUGCGCCAAGUGAAUUUGUCACAUGGGAGAAGUUGACGGAACUCUACAUUGAUUUGGGGCAGUUUGAUUCGGCGCUUCUGACGCUGAACUCAUGUCCAAUGUUCACCUACAACGGCCGAGAUGCACACCGUAACCUCACAGCUUCGCGGGUGCAUCUGCCGCCAAAGGGCGCUAUCGUUGAAAUCCUGCCUGAGCGCACGAAGACCGAGGAUGAUGACGCCGAUCCUGCUCUCCUCCGCCUCCCGGCGCCCGGCUUGCGCGGAACGUGGGCACGUGCGUAUGCGCUCCUGACUCGCCUCGUAUCGCAAAUAGGCUGGGACGAGCUGCUCAAGACGCGAAGCUCCGUCUUCGUCAUGGAAGAGGAAUACCGCAUGCAGAAGGCGCAGUCGGACCUGCGCCCGCACGCCUCGCCCGCACCCAGCCCCACACUCCAGGGAGACGGGAACUCUGCGGUAAGCAAAGAGAACGGCGCACUGCCGAAGCGCGACGUGUCCCUGUCUGCAUCCGGUGGCGAGCUUGCAGCAGACGACGAUGCGUCGACGCGUGGGGUCGUGUCCCCGGCGCAUUCGACGAACCCGUCGGCAGCGGAAUCCGACACGCUUGGUCCUGGAUCAGAAGAGGCGUAUGCAAAUGAAGAGGCAAAACAGAACGGCGUUUCCGAUGCUGCGGGGGACGCUCUGGAGAAGCCCAUGCAGGCGGCGUCAGGCGGCGAUGGCAUGCAGGACGGCGAAUUGCCAUCGAAUCCAAGCCAAGAGCCAUUCUCUUUCAGCAACAAGCGUCUCUGCGAGCGAUGGCUUGACAAUUUGUUCAUGGUCCUCUAUGAGGAUCUGCGCGUCUGGACAAUUUUCCGCGCUGAGGUGGCGCAUUUCAAGACGCAACAUGUUGCAUACCGCAAGACGGCUCUUGAAUGGGAGAUACUGGGCGAUCUUGGCGGUCGGUUGCACCACAAGGAGGAAGCAAAAGAGGCAUACACGCGGUGUCUGGAUUCCCCGCGAUACUCAUACAAGCCGUGGUCCAAGCUGCUUGACACGUACGCGGAGGAGGGCGACAUCCAGCGUACGCUGCAGGUUGCAAUUCGCGUAGCAGCGUAUCAGUGGGCGGAGUACACGGAGAUGACGUACCCGACUCAGAUAGCUCGAUGUCUCUUCAAGCUGGGGCAGAUCCACGGGCACGCGAAGAUCUCGUACACGCUCCUCAGCAUGGGGCUUCCGGACCAGAUCAUGAAAAUAAUGGAAGGUUUCCUUAACUAUGGAAAGGUAUUUAAAGUCGAAGGCUACGACUUUUAA